AUGAUUGAAUUACAAGAGACUAAUCCAAAAGAGGAAAUUGAUUUUGGGUAAAGAGUGCAUUUCUAUUUGUUAGAUAAUCCACCUUGGAAUAUCAAGGUGAAUAUGAUGAUCAAUAUAAAUUAACAGCAAUCUAUUUUAGGAUUAAUAAAUGCAAAUAGAUCAUUUAUUAUGUUUUGCUAAUUCUAACUCUUGGAUUAUUGUACUUAUUUCAAAGAUGGUUUAUAAAUUUGAGAUUGUUUCUAUUGUAAGCUUAAAUCAUGUAAAAAGAUUUGAAAAAUGUGAAUUUGGUACAAUGACACAUGUUUUAGUGAUCAAGACCAAAAACAUAAUUCCAAUUGCAGAUGAUCAAUUAUGUGAAGUUACCAUUGUAAAGGAUCAUCCUUUCUCUAAAAAUGCUAGAGUCUUUAAUUAUGAACUUAGUGAUUACUAUAUAGAAACAUAUACAAAAGCAUUAGUUUAAAUGAGAAAUUCAUUCUCUUAGUACACACAAGAGAGAAUUUGUGAUAUGAAAGGACUUACAGAAUUGACAACAGUUUAUGGAGAGAAUAUAAUGGAAAUACCAAUAAAACCAAUACCACUCCUUUUACUUGAUGAAAUAUUAACACCUUUUAAUAUAUUUUAAUUUAGUGCUCUAGCAUUGUGGGCUUAUGAUGAUUAUUUAAAUUAUUCUCUCUUUAUUUUAGCAAUCACAAUCAUUUAAAUUGGGAUUGAAUUAAGAGAUGUAAGAUAAAAUUUAUUAAAAAUCUAAAGAAUGAUUAGAUUUAAUGUAAAUGUUAAAGUAAUUAGAAAUAAUAAUUAAAUUACUAUUUAAUCAAAAGAAUUGAUACCAGGAGAUCUAUUAAUAAUUGAAGGACAUACUAAAAUAAGUUGUGAUUGUAUUUUAAUUGAAGGAAAUUGUGUAAUGAAUGAAGCUGUAUUAACAGGUGAAAGUGUACCAAUUAAUAAAUCUAGUUUAGAAAAGAAUGAACAAUUAUUUUAAUAAAAGGGAAACGAAAAUAAAAUGUUAUUUUGUGGUACUACUUGUUUAAGAAGUUAUUCAUAAAAUGGAGAAUAAGCUAAAGCUAUUGUAUAUUAAACUGGAUUUCAAACAUUAAAAGGCAGUCUAGCUAGAUCAAUAAUGUUCAAUAGAACUCAAACAUUCAGUUUUUAUAGAGAUUCAUUAAAAUAUCUAUUUGUAUUAGCAACAUUAGGUUUAAUAUAAGCAAAUAUUACAAUUUUAAUAAGUGGUGCAUAAGGAGUUGCUCUUGGAGAAAGCAUAAUAAAUGCCUUAGAAAUAGUAACUAUCAUAGUUCCUGCCACAUUACCUACUGCUUUAGGUGCUGGUAUUAGUCUUGCUUUAAAACGUUUGGAGGAUAAAUCUAUUUAGUGCGUUAAACCUGAUAAGAUAAAUGUAGCAAGCAAAGUUAAUUUAAUAGCUUUUGAUAAAACAGGUACACUUACUGAAUUAGGACUUGAUGUUUUAGGAUGUAGAGAAAUAAAGGAUAUAGGUUUUAAUAAAUUAUAGAUGAUUAAAGAUGUUUCAGAAUAGUUUAAUGAGUGUAUGGGUAUAUGUCAUUCAUUAUCAAUAAUAAAUAAUGAAAUUAUGGGAGAUCCUAUUGAUUUAUGUAUGUUUUAAGAGACUGGAUGGGAAUUAGUAGAAGAGAGUAAAAUAAGAAAAGGAGUUAAAGAAGUAUCUGUAUUAAAGAGAUUUGAUUUCUAAGCAGAAUUGUAAAGAAUGUCAGUUAUAACAAAUCAAUAUAUAUUAUAUUGUAAAGGAUCACCUGAAUAGAUAAAGAGCAUUUGUGUGAAUGUGCCUACUAAUUAUAAUAAUAUGUUAUAAAGGUAUAGUAGUUAAGGAUUCAGAAUAAUUUCUUGUUGUUAUAGAGAUGUUGCACAUUUGAAUAUGCAAUAAUUACAUAAAAGAGAAAUAUAUGAAUAAAAUAUGAUAUUCUUAGGAUUUCUAAUUUUUGAAAACAAAUUAAAAGCAGAAACUCAGUCUACAAUAUUAAGUUUAAAGUAGAGUAAUAUAAAAUCUAUUAUGGUGACAGGUGAUAAUCCAUACACUGCAAUUAACAUAGGAUUAUAAUGCAAUAUUUUAGAUCAAAAUAGUAGAAUAUUUCUAGGAUUCCUAAAUAAUGGAGAAUUAUAUUGGAAUGAGAUUAUGUAACAGAAAACAGAUAAAGCUGAUGAAAAUAGAAGUUGUUAUAGUUUAGAUUCAAAUUAAGUACAGAAUCUAGAAACUAAUGAAAUAAUGAAAUUAAGUUGUCACUUUUAAUUAGCUAUUACUGGAUAGGUUUUUGAACAUUUACAGUAUUAAUAUGCUGCUUUAUUGGAUAAUUAAUAAUUGAUUUUAAAUCUAUUAUAAAAAACCUACAUUUAUUCAAGAAUGAAACCUAACAACAAAGGAGAUCUUAUGUUACUUUUGAGAUAAGACAUAUUGAAUUUUAUUGCCUUUUGUGGUGAUGGUACUAAUGAUACUUGUGCAUUGAGAUAGGCAGAUGUUGGUUUAGCUUUGUCUUUAGAGGAUGCUUCUUUGGCAUCUCCAUUUACAAGUACCAUAUUCAAUAUUUCAAAUAUUAUUAAUUUAAUUAAAGAAGGAAGAGCCUGUUUAGUAACUUGUGUGGAAUGUUUCAAAUUUAUGACUUUGUAUUCAUGCAUUUAAUCUGUUGCUGUAUUAUAAUGCUAUUUUUAUGAUACAGAUUUCACUUAAGUUCAAUAUCUUUAUUAAGAUCUUUGGUUGAUAAUCCCAUUAGCAUUUACUAUGGAUUUAACAAAAUCAUAUCAUAAAUUAGCCAAUUAUAGACCAAUAAGCAAUUUGAUCUCAUUGCCAGUUCUAUCAUCUGUUUGUGUCAUUGUUUUCAUGUCCUUUCUUGCUUAAAUUAUUAUGAAUCAAAUAUUGAAACAUUAAGAAUUCUAUUAAUAGAUUAAAAUAGAAUUAGUUAAUAAUGAUUAUUACAUGCAGCCUAAUUAUACAAAUUCUAUUUUACUUAUUACAUCCAGCACUGAAAUUUUGGCUGUGGCCAUAGCAUAUACUUAAGGACCUCCAUUUAGAUAAGCCAUUUAUAAGAAUAUUUAUUAUAUGAUAGUAAUAUGUUUGGGGAUUAUAGGAUAAAUAAUAUUAAUAUUCUACCCAAAUUUAAUUGAAUUUUUAAAUUUAGAAGUCGAAUUUCCAUAUGAUUUCAAAAUUUAUAUACUAAUUGUUAACAUCAUAGUUGGAAUCAUAAUUAUAUUUUAUGAAAAAUUUGUAACUGCCAAAAUGAACUAGAAAUACGCAGAAGUAGAAAUUAAUUUAGGAAAUCAAAAUUGA